AUGUCGAGCCGGACGCGCCCGCCUUGGUUGAAGAAGCUGAAGCGGAUCAUUGGACGGCGCCUCCGCUCGGGAAGUCUCACCCCUGAGGCCGCGAGCCUACUCUGCGACGAGGUGCUCCCAUCGAUCCAAAGGCUUUCCCCGCCGCCGGCCGUUUCGGCAGCGGUGGACGUGUGGAGGGCCGACCGCCGCCCUUCCUGGGAGCUGGAGCAGUUCAUCGGGAAGUGUUACCGAUCGGGGGACCUCGGCCCCGAGGACGCACUCGAUCUAUUCGACGAAUUGCUUCCUCAAGCGAGGCCCGGCUCCGUUUACGCCCUCAACCAGCUGCUCACCACCGUCGCUCGCGCCCCGGUCUCCUCCACCGUGCGCGAAGGCCCUGCGCUCGCCGUGUCCCUGUUCAACCGCAUGGUCAAGAAGGUGGCUCCAGACAUAGCUACCUACACCAUCCUCAUCAGUUGCUGUUGCGGUGCGGGCUGCUUGAACCUCGGCUUCGCUGCAUUGGGCCAAAUCUUUAAGACGGGGCUGAGGGCAGAUGCCGUCAUCUUCACGCCCCUGCUCAGGACCCUCUGUGCUGAGAAGAGGACGAGUGAUGCGGUGAAUAUUGUGGUCAGGCGGAUGCCUGAGCUCGGCUGCACCCCCGAUGUCUUCUCCUACACCACACUUCUCAAAGGGCUAUGUGAUGAGAAGAAAUGUGAAGAGGCUGUCGAACUUAUCCACAUGAUGGCUGAGGAUGGCAACUGCCCACCUAAUGCAGUGUCCUAUACCACUGUAAUCGAUGGCUUCUUUAAAGAGGGUGAGAUACGGAAAGCUUACACCCUGUUUCGUGAAAUGCUCGAUCAUGGGAUCCCGCCUAAUGUUGUGACCUACAGCUCAAUCAUUGAUGGCCUAUGCAAGGUUAAAGCAAUGGACAAGGCCGAGGAGUCUGAUCCACGGAUACCUCUCCUUGGACAGUGGAAAGAGGCAGUCAGAAUUCUCAAAGAAAUGUCCGGAGAUGGGCAACGGCCAGAUGUUGUUACUUACAAUAUGCUGAUAGACUGUCUUUGUAAAUCUGGAUUGCGCGCAGAAGCUAGAGAGAUCUUUAAUUCUAUGAUUCAGAGCGGUGAAAAACCCAAUGUUUCCACCUAUAGAAGUCUGCUUCAUGGGUAUGCUACCGAAGGCAAUCUUGUUGAAAUGAACAAUGUCAAAGAUCUAAUGGUACAAAAUGGAAUGCGACCUGAUCAUCGUAUUACCUUCAACAUACAGAUCUAUGCAUACUGUAAAUGUGGAAGGUUAGAUGAGGCAAUCCUUACUUUUAACAAAAUGCAGCAGCAAGGAUUGGUGCCAGACAUAGUCACCUACAACACGGUUAUAGAUGGGCUUUGCAAGAUAGGCCAGCUGGACGAUGCAAUGUCCCAAUUUUCUCAGAUGAUUGAUGAUGGAUUGUCUGCCAAUAUCAUAACAUUUACGACCCUAAUUCAUGCUGAGGAACUAUUUUAUGAGAUGAUGGAUAGAGGCAUUCGUCCAACUGUCGUUGUCUUCACUGCAAUGAUAGACAAGCUAUUCAAAGAAGGAAAGGUUACAGAGGCCCAAAAACUCUUUGAUUUGAUGCCAAUUGCCAGUGUAAAACCUGAUGUGGUUUCCUACACUACAAUGAUUCAUGGAUAUUUCUUGGCCGGUAAACUGGACGAAGUGCUGAAGCUCCUUGAUGAUAUGCUCUCGGUUGGCUUGAAACCCAAUGCUGUUACCUUUAAUACUUUACUUGAUGGCAUGCUUUCUAUGGGUUUGAAACCCGAUGUUGCUACCUGUAACACUUUGAUUGAUAGCUACUGUGAAGAUGGUAGGAUAGAGGAUGUAUUGACUCUUUUCAGAGAAAUGUUGAGCAAGGCAGCUAAGACUGACACUGUCACGGAAAAUAUAAUUUCCUGA